CUCAAACUUCAAGUGCAAAGGUCGACUCCACUGCUCGUUCGGCCGCCCCUGUGUUACAUGAAUACACCCUCUACAGCAACAACAAUGGGGACAUUCUCAGGAAUAGCCAUGGAUGUGUCAUCUCGACAAAUUCGUUUCCGUCGUAGGAUCGUGCGACGAUCGUUCGACUUCUGAUCGGUGUGAAUACGGCCUACAUACAACCUGAGCUGGUACUGAAGUUGUGUUUAUCGCGUAAACUUUGAACCUUCGGCUCUGAAGUAGACACAUCCGAUGAUCGCUUCCCUUAGGGACAGGGACAGGGGACCAUGGCUGUGUCUAUGGGAAAAUACCGGGGUUGGAUCGCUGUGUUGGGUGGAGUUUUAGUUCACCUAACCCUUGGAACAAUCUACACUUCCGCUAACAUGAACCCAUACUUGACGUCGUACAUCAGAGAGAGAUCCUCCCCUUCGGACCUGACGUACAAGGUGUCGGUGUGGCUGUUCUCCCUCCAAAUCGCCGGCCUGGGACUGAGCAUGUUUGUAGGCGGCUACAUCUCCCGGAGGAUCGGCCCGAGGUGGACACCGCUGCUGGGGGGAUGGCUCAUGAGUGCGGGAGUUGCUCUAACGUACUUCACAGUGAGACACUCGUUCUACGCCAUCUUGGCGACGUACGGACUGAUGUUCGGACUCGGGAUCGGCAUAGCUUACACGGCACCUCUGGCUUGUGCUAUGAAGUGGAUGCCGGAGAGGAAAGGUCUAGUAAAAGGGUUGGUUCUGGCCGGGCUCGGCGGUGGCUCCUUCAUCUUCGACCAGGUCCAGACGGCUUACCUUAAUCCAAACAACCUCAGCCCGGACGUAGAGGAUCCCGAGGAUCCAAGCUCCAAAUAUUUCGACAAUAAAGAGAUUUUAGACAAGGUACCCGUCUGUUUCCUGAUGCUUGGUGGAACAUACGCAGCUAUUCAACUUCUGGGGGCGCUCAUGAUCGCAGAUCCUCCUGAAAAGCUCCAAGCCGAUCCGGAGAAAGUGGAUCCUCUAGUACGGUCACCUUCUGAAGGCAGUCUGAACUUUGACGCCCAAGAAGACAGCAGUGUCCUGAACGAACGUUUAGUGCCGAAACCCAUCGAGAGAAGGUCCUUGUCUCCUGGUCAGAUGCUGAAGACCCGAGAGUUCUACAUGCUGUGGUUCAUGUACUUCUUGAACGGAAACGCCGUGACGUUCAUAUCAACGUUAUGGAAGGCUUUUGGUCAGACGAAGAUCCAAGACGACCACUUCCUGGCUCUGGUGGGCGCCUUCUCUGCCGUACUGAACUCCGCGGGGAGACCAUUCUGGGGCUGGAUGGCAGAUAGAUACUCCUUUAAAGUAUCCUUGAUGGGCCUGUGCACCUCCAUGAUAUUCUUCACCAUGACCUUAGUCGCUGUUCCUGACGAGACAGACGCCGGGGUGGGGUCAAAGGUCAUGUUCUUCAUCUGGGUCUGUGGAAUCUUCGGGUCGUUCUGUGGGAACUUCUCGCUUUUUCCAACAGCAACGGCUAAAACGUUUGGUCCUGACUACGUUGCAGUUAACUACGGACUCGUCUGCACUUGUGGGGUGGUUUCGUCCAUCACCGGUGGGAUCAUCACCUCGGCACUGAUGUCCGCCCUGGGCUGGUUCGGAAUGUUCAGUCUGGUGUCGGGCUUGACGUUGAUUAGUGGGAUCAUCGCUUUCUUCUUCAAGGCCAAGAACGCAGAAGGAAGAGACGUCUAAAUUGGCUCUUUUUUGCUUCAACAAUCAACAUACCCUACUUCGUUACCUGGCUGCUGUGAAUAAAGAUUGAUUCUACAAGUCAA